UUCAGUAUUACUCUGGCUGUGAGCAAGCAGUUUCAUUGAAGAUCAAAGGCCAAACUCUUUCCGGUCUACUUGUCACGGCACUGGAGAAGUACAAGCUGCGAGGUAAAAGCAAGGAGAGAUAUAUAACGAGAGAAGAGGAAGUGCGAUCAGUGCCGUACACGUGCAGUCACAGCGGUGCUUUGAAAGCCGCGCGUGCGUUUGACCGUGAUCAGUAAAAGAGACCCGUUCCCACACGUCCAGUUCUUCUUGCGUUCCUCUUCUUUUUCCCUCUUUCCUACCCCCUGCUCUUCGGAUAACGAUGGCGAUGGCUCUGAGAAACCUCGCCCUUUCUUCGCCCCUCGUCGCCUUCCUCUCCUUCUUCUUCUAAGGAUCAUCGAUCGAUUUCAAGGGCGGCGAGAAGGAGACAGAGAGCGAGAGGAUGGCGACAAACGGAGAGGACGCGGAGCCGGAGGCCCGGCCGCAGCCGUCUCAUCCUCGUCCGCUGCGGCGGACGGGCGAUUUCUUGGGGAAGCAUCGCUUGUCGGCUGCCAUCUCCCGGCUCAACCAAGAGAUCCAGUACCUCCAGGCUGAACUAGAUGAAAUUGAAACAAUGAAGCCGUCUUCUGAAGCAUGCAAGGCAGUUGUCUUGAGCACGGAAGGCAAAUCUGAUGCCCUCCUUCCAGUUACACCAGGUCCCGAAAAUCCAGCCUGGCACCGGUGGUUCCAACGUGUCCCAAGCUCUCAUAGUCGUAAAUGGUGGACACACAAAGGUUCUGAUGUUUCUUAAAAAUGGUUUCUGAUGACUUUUUGAUGAGCAUAAUAUACAGAUGCUACCAACUAAAAGGUGGUUUUGAAGUGUCAUCGGUCUUAUGUUGUUUGAUCAGUUCACCCUCUAAAAGCAGUAGCUACAAUUGCAUGGUUGGAAUAUUAUCUGCUUAUUGUGCAUGUUGUUGUGCACAUAGUGUUAUCGUUGAUGACAAAACAUAUUGGCAUGGCACUGAUAUCAAUUCGGAGACAUUUUGGUUUCUUAGUGCAAGCUUUUUUUGUUUA